CCCUUCUACGGAUGCUGCAGUAAAGUUGGCCGCGCCUGCGCACGUUCGGUCCUCUUUUUCCGUCGGAAGCACCGCUGACCCAUCACCAUGUCGGAUCUCGAUCUUGACUUCACGUCUGGCGAGUCUGGCGCCUCCGCCACCUACCCUAUGCAGUGCUCUGCUCUGCGUAAGAACGGGUACGUGGUGCUGAAGGGACAUCCCUGCAAAAUCGUGGAGAUGUCCACCUCCAAGACCGGCAAGCACGGACAUGCCAAGGUUAACCUUGUUGGUAUCGACAUCUUCACCAACAAGAAGCAUGAAGAUAUGUGCCCCUCCACCCACAACAUGGAUGUUCCCUCCAUCAAGAGGAUAGAUUACCAGCUUGUUAACAUCAAUGAAGGCUUCAUGUGCCUGAUGAGCGACACCGGUGACAUCAGGGAGGACCUGCGUGUCCCCGACAGCGAAAUCGGCAAGGAAAUCGAGGCAAAGUUUGAUGCUGGUGACGAAUUCAUGGUCACCGUCAUCGCUGCCAUGGGGGAGGAAUGUGCUGUUGCUACCAAGGUCUUGGCCAGCAAAUAGGGAGACAGACUUUGCUUCCCAGGCAACAAGCACCACCCACAACCAGUCUCUUGCAUUCUCAUUGGUUCUGUCACCAAAGCGUCGGCCUUCACAGACAACCUCAAAUCAUUCUGUUGUGAUUUCUCUCAUCAUUGAUCUGUUUUUUUAUUUUAUUUCUUUUCCCCCUUCCCACCCCCUUUUUCAUUUCUCUUUUCCGUUGCUGUUGGGGAAGUUCCACUGCAGCUCGCUGCGUGGUCCUCUGCUCUGAUCACUGAGGUUUUUUGUUUUGGUUAACAAUCUACUUUAUAUAUAAAAAAACAACUUCAAAAAAAUAACGAUCAGUUGCUCAUUCCUGCUCAUUUUUUUGCCUUCAAAGUGUUGGUUUCGCCACUCACAUUCCUGAAUGUUUAAUAACAACGGGAUUCAGCUUUUGUAUGAUUAUUUUUUUAUAUUCUUGAAUAUAGUGGGUUUAAAGCCUUUUAGAGGGAACGGGAGGGGAGGGGGGGAGGCAGUUUUGAGUUGUUAAAGCAGUGGGAGCGAGGGUUAGUCCCUGUAGAUGUUAAAUUCCGGUUUCGGCCGUCCCUCUAGCAGCCAUACCGCUUUUCCAGCAUGGCCGUUGCUCCGGUUCCUGCGUGAAUCAGAGCUUCAACGAGGCUCGUUUUUUUAAUCCUAAUUGCUGGGAUUGGUGGUGGCUAGCACUUAUGAGCACUUGAGGUCCACCCCAGCAUGUCAAAGCUCUAAAACCAAGAAAAGAGAAGUGUUUUUUUUUUUUUUUUUUUUUUUUUUUUGUUAUUCCCCCCUUCCCCUUCCCCUUCCCCCUAAGAAGAACAGAAACAAACUUCAGUGAUUUUACCCUCGUGAUGCCAGUCUCUUUGUCUGUGUAGAAGUUUGAGGGGCGUUUGUUUGCGUGCUCAAACCUCUCGUCCACCGGGGUCGGCUCGAGGGCUCGCACCCCCGCUGCCCCCCUCCCCGGGCCAUCCCCCAACCCCCCCCCAAAUACAAAAGGAGUGUUAUAUUUUGUUUUGAGAGGCAUGAGUGUGUAGCGGUGUGGGCCUCCGAAAUGUAGGAGGCGGUUUGCAGUGAGGCGUGUUUCUUUUUUUUUUUUUUUUUGAGGGACUCGAUCGGGUUGGGGAGGGUGGUAGAGUUGCAAACUUUUUUGUUCACUCGAGGCCUUUGUCACCUGACUGGAGAUGGCAAAAAAAAUAAAACGAUGAAACAAAUGGACAAAAACUGCAAA